GCUGGAGUCAGGGCAACAAAUGCCUGAAAAAGUAAGUGGCACUAAAAAGUGUUGUUACUAGCUUAACUGAAAAUACAUCAUAAACGUGUUUAGGUAUGAAAAGAGCACCCUAGAGAGGAAGAGUCUCUUAGAAGCAUAUGGAGCAUAAAUCAUCAAAUGAUUCAGAGAAGCUGGACACAUCUCUGUGUGCAAGGAAAACGGUCAAAGAUUCUGAUACAAUGAGGAUUGUCCUUCUUGGAAAAACUGGAGCUGGGAAAAGCAGCUUGGCCAACACCAUAUGUGGAGAGAAUCUGUUCCCAGUAAACCAUUCUUUUAGCUCAGGAACCAAAAGCUGUGUGGCUAAAACUAAACGUAUCAAUGGAAGAAGCAUCACUUUGGUUGACACUCCUGGGUUCUUCGACACUGACAUGUCUGAACCUGAUCUGAAGUCUGAGAUAGUGAGGUGCAUCACAGAAUGUGCUCCUGGGCCUCAUGCUUUUCUCAUUGUGCUUAAGCUGGAAAGGUUCACAGAGCAGGAGCAGGCUGUCGUCAAAAAGAUAUGCGAAUACCUCUCUGAUGAAGCUCUAAAAUAUGCUGCAGUGGUCUUCACUUAUGGAGAUCAGCUCCCUGAAGGGCAGCAAAUUGAUGAGCUUGUUGAUCAGAACAAGCUUGUAAGUGAGCUGGUGAAAAAAUGUGGCAACCGGUGCCACAUCGUUGAUAAUAAACACUGGAACAACAAACCUGAGGAAGAGUACAAGAGCAACCAGUUUCAGGUAGAAGAGCUUCUUAACACCAUAAGCACAAUGGUGACGGCAAAUAAUGGCAGAUACUACAGUAAUGAUUUGCUGCAACUAGUGGAGGAAGAAAUAGAGGAAGAGGAAGAGCACAUUAGGCUGCUCCAAGAAAACCUGUCAGAAGAUGAGAUCAGACAGCAGGCUAAAGUUAAAGUCUUUGAAAAACUCUUAAUCAAAUUAGCAGCCAUAGCAACAGGUGUAUUGUUAGGUGCAUUUUUUGGUGUUGUAGUGAUGGGUGGAAUAGCUCUCACACUUUUAAAAACAUCUCCAGAGCCAGUGCCGCUACGAGAAGCUACAGGAAAGACAGCAAUUGCUGUUGGGAGAGGAUUACUUGGAGUAGGAGCAGCAACAGCAGCAGGAGGAGGAGGAGGAGCAGGGAUAGUAGCAUUAGGAGGAGGAUCAGCAUUACCAAUAGCAUUCGCUGCAGUAGGAGCAGUGGGAGGUGGUUUUAUUGGGUAUGAUGCAGCUGAAAGAGCAGAAACACCAGUGGAAGCAGCAAAAAUGGCUGCAGAUGCAGUCAAGCAAAACGCCCAGAUUGUCUUAAAUGAAGCCAACACGUUUUGGAACAAAGUUGUAGAGACAAAUACCAAAACACCUGAGAAAGCUGUGGAGAAUUCUUUAUUUAAAAAAAACAUGUCUUUCUAGAUGUGCAUUUUUAAAGCAAAUGUAAACAUUAAAAUAACUGGAACAUUUGUCUAUACUAUGUGUUGGAUGUGGGUGUUGGGAACAAUUUUGUGCCAGAAAAAGUUAGUUGCUUUUUCCAUCUUAAAAGCAUGAGAGACUGUAGAAAUCCAUCCCAGUCUGGCAGCUAACAGUAAAAAUAUCAUUACUGUAUGCAAUCAAAUUUAAAAAAACAUUAUGAAACUAAAAUUCACUAUUGUCCAAACCUGUAUAACCUUUUCCUUAAUAAAUAUUUUCCUAACC